AUGGCUUCUUCCACCUCAGACCUCAAACAACGAUUCAUCACACCCGAUCAAACCACCAAAACAACCACAACAAACGACGACGACAAAGACAAAAAUGGAACAAUUAAUCACAAAAGAGACAAACGAAUGGCCAUGGCCAAACGCGGUCUUAGAUCACUCAUAAUAGCCCUUUCAUUCCCUUUCUCAAUAACCCUCCUCUCCAUCUACAUAGCCUCAUCCUUCACCUUCUCCAACCACAACAACCAAUCCAUAACCUCUUCAACAAAGCCCUUCUGGUUUCCACCAUCAUGGCUCCUGCAUCUCAUGUUACCUUCUUCCACCUUCUUCAUGGCUCUCUCAGCUUGGUUGGUUUGGGCUGAAGGUGGCUUUCAUAGAGACCCAACUGCUUUUUUGCUUUACCUGAUUCAGCUUCUCUGCACUGUGUUGUGGGAGCCUGUGGUUUUUGGAGUUGGGGCUACGAGUUUUGGUUUGUUGCUUUGUUUGGGAAUUUUUGGGAGCUUGAUUGGGUGUAUGUAUGUGUUUGGGAAAGUUAAUUCUGUUGCUAGUGAUUUGAUAAAGCCUUGUUUGGCUGUCAGUGCUUUUCUUUUCAUUGUAAAUCUUAAGUUAAUUUAUAUGUGA